GCAAAACACGGAAAAUACUCUCUUUCCCUUUUCACCGAAAUUGACCCACCAGAGCAAGAGAGAGAGACACACACAAAAGAAUAGCUCUUCGUUAUCUCACUCCUUCGAAGCCCCUCCCCCAAAAACCUACCCUUAUCUAUAUCAUCAUUUCCUUGGACUCCAAUUCCCCAUUUCUCUAAUAGCACAAGGAAAAUUCAAGAUCACACCUUUAUCAAUUGAUCAAAUCAUCACUGUUACUGUUCAUUUCCGGUUUCGAUUGGUUUCUGACAAGGAUCGGUUGGGAUUUUUGGAGCUAAAAUUUUAAUUAUUUCAUUAAUUAAAGAGGCAGCUAUGGAUGCUGAUUCGUGGAGCGCUCGUCUCUCUUCAGCUUCUAAGCGAUACCAAUCAGUUCUUCAAUCGCGAUCUGAUAUGUUUACGGGUUUUGAAGAAAUUGAUGGAGAUGAUGAUAUAAGGGAGGAGUUUCCAUGCCCAUUCUGUUCAGAAUAUUUUGAUAUUGUUGGUUUGUGCUGCCAUAUUGAUGAUGAGCAUCCCGUGGAGGCAAAGAAUGGGGUUUGUCCAGUUUGUGCAAUGAGGGUGGGGGUUGACAUGGUUGCGCACAUAACCAUACAACAUGGAAAUAUAUUCAAGAUGCAGCGUAAGAGGAAAUCACGUAAAGGCGGACAUCAUUCAACGCUUACUUUAUUGAGGAAAGAGCUACGAGAAGGAAAUCUACAAUCUCUUUUUGGGGGUUCUUCCUGUAUAGUGUCAUCAUCCAAUGCAGCGCCUGAUCCAUUGUUGUCUUCGUUCAUUUUGCCUAUGGCUGAUGAUUUCACAAGUGCUCAGCCUUCUUUCUCAAAUGAAACAAGUUCAGCAAAGAAAAGCUCAGAUGAGAAUGUUUCAGAGCGAAAUGUCAAGUCAACCCCCCUAUCAAUCAAGGAUAAGGAAGAGAAGGCCAAAAGGAGUGAGUUUGUUAAAGGGCUGUUGUACUCUGCUAUUCUUGAUGACAUCUUAUGAAAAGGGACUCAUGCUGGCAGCUAGAGCUAUGAAAUUCCAAUUUACAAUUAAGAGCCUUACAAUCUAUGGUUUGUUUGUAGUGAAUAUGCCAAAAUUGCCGGUGUAUUAAGGGCAAGAGUGUUGAAUAAGGUGUAGGAAUAUGAGUGUAAGCUAUGUUGCAUAUGAACUUUAGUUGUUGGACCUGAACAGACUUAUACUUUCAGGUCUUUCAUUAUAUGAAAAAAGAAAAGAUAAAUAAUUUCUUUUCUAAAAUGAA